AUGGAACUCGCCGCACCAGAGCACGUACCGCGUGUAGAAUCUGGGCCAAACCAGCAGCCAUGGCUCGGUGUUGACGCAGCACAAGGCGAGACACCAUACGAGCUUCGCUCCGACAAUCAACAAGCUCCCACACAAGCGCUUCAUCCCGCAGAUCCUCAUGACAGCCCGGUGACCUCAACGGAUGGCGCGGCGAGGUUGAACUCGAGGACAAGGAUCAUCUCGACCCAAGUCGAUAAUCCCGCCCAUGCUCUCGACCUCCUCACGUUUGCUACGAGCGAAGAGCAGCAUUCUGCAGGGUUUCCACCUCCAGAGCAAGGUGGCGCAGCAGAGAACUUGAGAGGGAGCAUCUCACAAGACAACGGGCGACCGGACGGCCUUCCCGAGCACGAUCUCCGAUGGCAUUAUUUCAAGUUUGUUCAACAACGACUCAUCGCGGUACACGAGGCUAUCGAGUUUAUCGAUUUCUUCUUCUCUUGCUUAUGGCCACUCAGGCCUGUGGUGCCGGCAUACUACAACGACCGAUCCAAGUACGUCCUGCUUGCGGUGGAGGAACCAGUGCUGCUAGAAGCAAUUAUCACAUUGGCUUCACGAUAUCAUGUCCUCAGCGGCAACCAUGGUCAGAUCAGGUCUGAACGGAUACACUGGGGGGCAUGGGGAUCCCUUCAGAAAUGCUUGCAGUCGGCAAUGUGGGGUUCGACCAAGACGAGGUCGUUGGGGACAAUCGCCUCUAUGUUACUGCUGAUCGACUGGCAUUCCAAGGCCAUAAACAAUCCGGGCGCCUUCUCUUCUGAAGAUGACAGCUUCGCGUGUGAUAUGCCGCCAGACAUGCCGGAAAUUGACUCCCAAGCAAGCCCAACCAGCUUGAAUAGCAAGCAGAGGCACGGCAUGACAACUCGUCUGGAGAACCUCGGUAUCACGUUUUCUGCCUACCGAAGCAACAAGAUGUCUUGGAUGCUCCUUGCCAACGCCAUCGCGCUGGCACGGGAAGGUUGCUACUUCGAGAUCGAGAGUCGGAGCCUCUUGGAUUCCAUCAACAACGACAAGACGGCCAACCGGGACUGGGCCCAUGUCAUCUGCGUCUUCAUCUACCUGGCCGAUGAACACUUGGCACUCCGGUUAGAUUUGGAGCCCUUGCUGCCCGAGUCGUCAAGGAAGAUUGUUGUUGACAGACUCUCCAAGAUGUUCACCCGAGCGCUGCCAGAGAAGGAACACUGGGAAAGCUACUUUGAACUAACAGAGGAGAUGCGAAAGGCUCGAGAAUAUCUACAUGAGAUCAAGCAGACGGCUUCAAGACCCUACAGCUAUGACUUGGUGCCUAUCCUUGAGUAUACGCAAAGGCGGUUGGAGCGCUGGAAACGCCAGUUUGAAAGACUUGAUCAAUCGUCUCUCCUGAGUGCAUGUCUGUCUAUAGAGUUCGGAUAUGCCGUGAUUUACAGUCUAUCCCCCGUGGGAUAUGUCACAGUCCCUGAGAACAUCAAGGCAACUUCGAACGUUCAGAGUCUUCGGCAUGAGACUAUACAAGCCGCUCGCAACCUAUUGUCCUUGGUGUCUGGUGCACUGGACUCAUCUGGUAUGCUGCAGUAUAUCCCAGUGCGUUGCUGGGUUUUCGCAAUGGCUGCUUCGUUGCAUUUGUUGAAGGAAACACUCCGUCACGAGCCCAAUGUCACAAAUCAAGACCCGGAUAUACAGCUACUCCGAAGAGCCGUUGACGCUCUGCGUCGCGGUGCUCCAGAUGAUGUCCAUACUGCAGGUCGAUACUCGCAAUUUAUUGGCAUUCUGCUGGAUGCAGUGCUGAGGUCAUCCGCAAACAGAGCCGAAUCUCAGGAAGAAGCCGCUGGUCCCGCGCAAGCCACGCCGAGGGAUGCUGAAAUUUCCGACUUGAUCCAUGUCAACGUGGCUUUUGACUUGCCUUUGAAUGAUGUGACGUGGUGGAAUGACGCAUGUACCACCGUCGUGGAGGGAUACACUCGGAUCAAGAAUGUCUACAUCAAACUCCGCGAUGGGGUCGAGCUAUGUGCCGACAUCUUCUUGCCACUUUCAGCGUCUGAGCAAGGCAGCAAGGUUCCUGUAAUCCUCAAUGUAGGCCCGUAUGGUAAGGACAUACCUGUCCUUGAAUUCGGCCUCCCAAAGACGGACAUGUAUGUCAACAUGUACAAGCUCAUCAAGCCGUUGGGACCCGAUGCUAGCUUUGAGCUGCUGGAUCCUAUUCUUUGGACAAAACAGUACGGGUAUGCCCUUGUGAGAGUGGACAGCCGUGGCAUUGGAGGUAGUCAGGGACGUCUUGAUCCCUUCGGAAUGGAACGUUCCAUCCAGCUCAAGGCCGAUGCCGAAGGCCAGGACCUGUACGAUGUGAUCGAAUGGGCUGGCGUACAGUCUUGGUGCUCCGGCAAGGUAGCGGUGAGCGGCAUCAGUUACUAUGGCAUGACGGGAUACUGGGCUGCCAUGCAGCAGCCUCCGCACCUAUCUGCCGUGGUCACCUACGAGUCCGCAGUCGACCUCUACCAGGCAGCCCGGAAAGGUGGGAUUCUCGGUGCUAAUUUCCAGAUUCACUGGUAUAACAACACCGUUAUUCCCCACCAAUCUGGCAGUGGCAUACUCUCCGCUGAGGAGCUAGCUGCGAACCGUGCUGAUUAUCCUGGUCUUGUCGCGAAGCACGAGCACCCAGACGGCGACUCGUGGCGCAUCCUUAAGGAGCUCCGGAAACUCUCUGAUAUCAAGGUCCCCAUCUAUAUCUCGGGCAACUGGACGGAUAGCGAGGUCCACUUGCCCGGCAAUAUCCGUGCCUAUAAUGGAGUCUCCUCCGAGCACAAGUGGCUAGAGAUGCAUACGGGUAAUCACCUGGCUUUCUACUACGACCCGGACCACAUGGCACGUCAAAGGAGCUUUUUAGACUACUUUCUGAAGGGAGACGAGAAAUCCGGUAUUCUCUCCAUGCCUCGCAUUCGACUCAUCACUCAUCACGGUGACCAAACCCUCUACCGCGAAGAAAAGGCAUUUCCGCCUCCUGAUGCCGAGGACGUCUCUCUCUACUUGAUGCCCUCUCAAACACUGAGCCUCACAGGACCGCCAACAGCUAGCAGGAAGAAAUUUGAGUACCCAGGCCUUACAGGUACGUUGACAUUCGAGCUCGAAUCUCCGUUCACCGAAUCCUUCGAGAUUCUCGGGACACCGUACGUUGAGCUCGAAGUUGCCACGGAAGCUGAGGACCAGGAUAUCUUCUUGACUCUACGUGCCCUCGACAACAAUGGCAAGCCAAUCACCCUUGAGGGAAACCACAGCGAGGUGAAUGAGCAUUUCGCCAAAGGGUACUGGCGACUCUCGCACCGCGACGAAGUCGACGCGGGUUUCAGAGAUCAGAAGGACAAGGUGCCCAGGCAGCCGGUUGUGCCUAGGUCGCCGGUCGAGAAGGGUAAAGUGUACAGUGUUACCAUCCCCUUCCUACCAGCUACAUUCCUGUUCGACCGGGGCCAGAAGCUGUCGCUGGAGAUUGGGGCACAGGACACACUCAGUACGAUCCCGCCUAUGCGACAUGAUGGUGGGGAUAGGGAGCCGGGGAGAUUUGGUGGGAAGAACAUAGUCUUUUCAAAUGGACGGCUGGUCCUCCCGAGAGUCAAGAGGGCUAUUCCGUGA